AGCCUGGUCUCGAGUGCUGAAGUUUGCGACGGAGCAGGAUGGGCGGGAGAGCAGAGCCGCAGGGUCUGCGGAGCGGGUGAAGAGGGGCGAGGGGUUCCCGGGCGGGAGCCACGCGCGGGCCGUGCGUGCAGCCUCGGGACGCGCGGGUCGGGCCCUGGAGCCUGGGCGUUCAGGCGAGCGGACGUUGGGGAGACCCGGCUUCAAACGCGUCGCCCGGCUGCCGCCGCCCCCUCGCCUUCUCCUUCAAGGCCGCCGGCCUCAGCGCCCACCGACGGCACCCUGGGCCCCCAGCAUUCGCGAGCCUCCAACCCGAUGAUCCAGCCGUCGCGCCCCGCGCUGCUGCAACCCCAAGAUGUCGGAGACCGGGUGGAGACGCUUAUGGCGAGUGGCUUUCCGAGAGCGCGGGCUCGGGAAGGGAAAUUCGGGGCAUGGCUAAGGGCCAGCGAGCCUUUUCCGCGUCCCAGUUACAUCCAGUGAUCAAGGCUUUCCUGUGUGGCUCCAUCAGUGGGACCUGCUCAACCCUCCUAUUCCAGCCUCUGGAUCUCCUGAAAACACGCCUGCAGACUCUCCAGCCCUCAGACUAUGGGUCUAGGCGCGUUGGGAUGUUGACUGUACUCUUGAAGGUGGUUCGUACAGAGAGUCUUUUUGGCCUUUGGAAAGGGAUGUCCCCUUCCAUCGUGAGAUGUGUCCCUGGCGUUGGAAUCUACUUUGGCACUCUCUACUCUUUGAAGCAGUAUUUCUUGCGAGGCCAUCCCCCCACCGCCCUGGAGUCGGUCAUACUGGGGGUGGGCUCUCGCUCUGUUGCAGGGGUCUGUAUGUCACCUAUCACUGUGAUUAAAACACGCUAUGAGAGCGGGAAGUAUGGCUAUGAGAGUAUCUACACUGCCCUGAGGAGCAUCUAUCGCAGUGAGGGACACCGGGGCCUCUUCAGCGGCCUGACAGCAACUCUCCUUCGUGAUGCGCCCUUUUCGGGAAUCUACCUGAUGUUUUACAACCAGACCAGAAACAUAGUACCCCAUGACCAGUUGGAUGCAACCUUUAUUCCCAUUAUAAAUUUCAGCUGUGGGAUAUUUGCUGGUAUUCUGGCCUCGCUGGUAACUCAACCUGCAGACGUUAUCAAAACUCACAUGCAGCUCUCCCCAGUGAAGUUUCGGUGGAUUGGCCAAGCAGUGACACUCAUUUUCAAAGACUAUGGACUGCGUGGCUUCUUUCAAGGUGGUGUCCCCCGGGCUCUCCGCAGAACCUUGAUGGCAGCAAUGGCUUGGACAGUGUAUGAAGAGAUGAUGGCCAAGAUGGGCCUGAAGUCCUGACCAAGAGAGGACUGGGAAAGGGUGGAAUCUCUUGCCCUGGUUGGCUUCUGCCAAGGGCUGCUGCUUUUCACUAUCCUGGAGUAAAAUGAAGUCCUUCCUGGAAAGCCAGGCAGAAGAUGGCUUUGCCUUCGAUAAUCCCAUUCAAUGAGAGAAAGGUGGACCUGAUUCAAGCUAUCAGAAUCUCCCAAAAGAGGAGUCACCAAUACUUAUAGCACAUUGGGGAGAUAGGAGAGUACUUGCAUACCCUGCAAGGCUACUUGAAGAGGCCUGUCUGGGGAGAGCUCUUUCAGGUGGCUGCACUUCAGCCCCCACUUACGCCACAGUGCCUCCUUGGAUAUGUUCUUGGGCAAGAAAUCACACAGCCAGAGAAGCUGUAGGCUGCCUGGUGGGCCAGAGGAACUCCAGGGGGAAGACUGGAUCUGAGGAGAGGAAUCACUGUCAGUCUGAUGACCAGGCUGAAGACUGUCAGAGGUGAUGUUAGGAUGAGGAAGAGCAGAUGUCUUUAUUAAAUUGGUUCCUAAUCAACUUCUCAAAGGGUCUGUGGCUUCGUAGGCUCUAAAUGUUCAAAUAAAAUGUUUUGGUCUUGGCCCUGUACCUCUAAGUUGUUCUGGCAUUUUUUUUUUUCUGCAAAUAAAAGUAUUUUAUCGUUGAAAGCUG